CUCAAUGCAGUGGGUUUCAAUAAGCUGGGAGGUGCUGCCCAGCGAAAUGCAUGGAGUCAUAGUCGACAGCGAAUGAGCACGGAAAUAUACCACAUCACCCUCAUUCAUUUGAAGUUCUUAAACUUAGAUCAAAUAGGUGUCACCCCCACUGAUAACCUGCAGCAGUUGGAGGAAAAAGGAAGCUCAGAUACCAGCUUGGAGCCUGUCAAAACCUGAGCCAAACACAGAUCCUCAGCCUUGGUCAGGAACAAAGGAUCAGCGUCAAGGCUUUUCCCCACAAUACUCCAGUGCUCCCUCCCAGCUGGCAGAGCCUGACAGGGUGUGCUGACACUGACUGGAGCUGAGUGCUCUCUUUUCCUGCUGUGCAGGGCCUGGCUGCGUGAAAGAAUCAGGGGCUAAUUAAUGAGCUGUGAGUAUGCGGCCUCACUGCUGACAGCCAGUGGAGACAGGAUUAAUAGUCCGGUCAUCUGGCUUGAUGUGUGUGCCUCCAGGCUGCCCCUUGACGAGAGUCCACUGCGGAAUCCAACACGGCGGCCGCCGGGAGACCAGCGGAGAUGCCCACCGAGACGCUGCAGGCAGAUAGCAAGCCUGCCGGCCAGGGUGGGGCCUUUGCCUCUGCCGUUCCGCUCCGCAUCCUCAACAAGGGGCCCGACUACUUUCGCCGCCAGACUGAGCCCAACCCCAAGCGGCUGAGUGCCGUAGAACGGCUAGAAGCUGAUAAGGCCAAGUACGUGAAGAGCCAGGAGGUCAUUAACGCUAAGCAGGAACCCAUCAAGCCACAGAUACUGGCCAAGCCACCCGUCUGCCCAGCUCCCAUCAAGCGGAGUGGUGGUGUGGGAUCUGGCCUGAAGGCCUCCAACAACAAUGCUAAAUCAGACACCUGCGCUACCACCAAACGGGAGAAUCUCAACCUAGAGAUCUUGAAGAACAUCCUGAACAGCUCCUCCUCAUCCGAGGGGCCUGCCAAAGUGACGUCGCACAAAGUUGGGGCACGGAGCUGGACGCCACACCACUCCUCAGAGUUGUCUGAACCUGGAUUUCGUUUCUUUACGGAGUCACUCAAAGUUCCAUCCUCUACACAAGGUCGACACAGUCCUCAGGGAGGCAACUUAAACCUGAGUCGUAGGCUGCUAGAGGAGAGGUACUGUGAGGUUGAUGGAGAGCGCUUGCCAUUGCAUGCCUCUCAUAGUUCCUCAGACAUUCGCUGGAUGUGCAAUGGCAAGCCACUCAGAGCGGCCCACAGCAGCAGCUCUUCUGCACCACCACUGCCGCCCAAGCCCAGUGCCAAGGCCUUAGCUGCUUGUGACAAUGCUCCCCACUCUUCUGAAAGAGAGACAUUGCCCAGCACUGCCACAGAACUGGAGCUAGAGUUGGGCAGUUCUGUGGCCCGCAGGCCCUCUCUGCACCGCUCCAAGUCUGACCUGAGUGACCGCUAUGCUCGGGCCGGUGCAGAUGUAGAGCGCUUCUUCAACUAUUGUGGGCUGGAUCCCGAGGAGUUGGAGAGCGUCGGCGUGGAAAGCUUUGCCCGUGCGAACUCUGACAUUGUCUCGCUCAACUUCCGUAGUGCCAGCAUGAUCAGUUCAGACUGCGAGCAGUCACGGCAUAGCAAUGACGGCCUGAGUGACGAAGAAGACGAUGCCGGUGAGCGCGUUCCCUAUGGAAUUUCAGCUGUGGAACGGAACGCCCGGGUCAUUAAGUGGCUCUACAGCAUCAAGCAGGCACGGGAAUCUCAGAAAGUCUCCCAUGUUUAAAAGAGGGAGCAAGACCUCCCCUUCCCCAUCUGGACUUGGUACCUGCUUAUUUUUGCAAUCCAAGCACUGUCUUUGAAAUCUUGAAGAAUGAAAUGGUAAAGCCUUUGGAGUUAACAGCUCUUAGUUGCUUAUUUGCAUUCAGUGUUCAUUGUCAUUUGAAUCUGCAUGACUCCUUAGGUACUCAACCUCCUUGCGGCCUCCAGGUAAUACAGCUCAUGUAGGAGCCUCUUUAAAGAUGGUUGCAUUAACACCAGCUCUUUGCAGAGAACAACUCAUGCUUCCUUUUUCUUAUGCUGUUCUUGCUGUCUCUGUCGUCAAGCUGAUGUUACAAUGCCAGCUCCUUUAAGGUGCUUCUUAUUUCACUUGGGCACACUGAGCCAGGAAGCCAUAUUGGUAUGAAUGCAGAGCUGCAGUGUGUUAAGACUUCUUUG